GAGUAUAGAACCAGAGGGAGGUAGAUAACCUCUUUCUUCGCGGACUGCAGAUACCUGUUGCUGGGGCAACAGUCACCGCUGACCUUUGACCGUGGUGACCUCUCACCUCUACUUGUCCUCCCUGGGAGCAGCCUGGGAUGGAAAUGAAAGAGGAAGGGAGCGCUUCCUGCUGGCACAGCAGCCUGGAGAAGGUCAGGAAGUGCUAAACUUUCAAACAAAAGUUCACUCCCUCGUUCUGUUUGCACUGAGCUUGGAAAGGGGUUUACUUUCUGUCUGAAUCCUGGAUUGGGGUCACGCAACCCAGGAUGCAAAGGAAGAUUUGGAAGGUGGGAUGUCGACUUCCUAUUUGGAUUGAGCCUCGCAGGGAGGGAAUUCUGCUGCGCCUUGGGUUUGGGAGGAUUAUUUUCCUGAAGCAAGGAAGAGAAUUUCUUUGCAUUAGGGUAGGCACCUUUCAGAAGGAUUGAACCCUCACAUUUGAGACUAUCCCUGGGCUCGGGGGAAGCGACGUUCCUGAUUUUUCGCACUGCGUUUUGAGGUUCCAGAGUCGUGAGGCGAUCCUGGAUUCUGAGGGCCCUGAAUUUUAGGACCCUGAGAAGGGUGACAUUUGAUAUUGGGAUUCCUUCCAUUUGGCUUGCGGGGGAGGAAAAGAAAGUCAGCCUUCCAAUCGGAUCACCAUGUGUGGGGACGGAGUUGGCUGAGUGUUGGAGCAGUUGGGAGCUUACUUUGAGACAGGCUCAUCCUUUCGAAGAUAAACGCUCCCCCAGCUUAUUUCGGGCAAAGAAGCUGGAGACCCAUUUCCAUAACUGCACUUCUACCAGAAAGAUUUGAAGGAUCCCGGCUUGUCUUCUGCGCCUUGCCGUAAGGUUAUCACUGGCUUCUGCGUUGGGUCACACCCAAUUUGGAGCCGCCAAAUCAGGGAAAAGAUCGGUGCUCCAUUUCAGUGGACUGUGCACAAAGGUGUGCAUCGGCGAGGAGGACUUCUCGUGAGUGGAGGUGGUGAGAUCGCGGUGUUCCUCUGACGAUUCCUGAUGGAGCCUCUCCAGUCGGUGUCUCUGAUGAAUAAGCUGAAGGGUCUGAGCCAGGAGCAGCUCCGAGAGGUCCUGCACAGCCAGGAGAAGCAAGAGAGCCUGGUGUUGGACAGUGAGGAGGUGCAGAACCUCCAGCUGGAGCGGGAGAUGUCACUGGCGACCAACCGCAGCCUGGCCGAGAAGAACCUGGAGUUUAAGCCGCGACUAGAGGGCGGUAAGGGCCGGCUCCAGGAGAAAUACACAGAGCUGCAGAGGUUGUAUGAGACAGUUGAGGAGCAGAGGAAGCAACUGGAAAGAUUUUCGAAAGCAGCAAAUACCGAUCAUCUGCUGUCAACACUGCAAGCAGAGGGAACAAAGAUCGAGGAAGAGUCUGAGGAGCUGGCGGAGAGGUUUCUCGAAGGGCAGUUUGCCUUGGAGGUGUUUUUGGAGCAGUACAAUGAGCAGCGAAAGGUGGUUCACCUCUGCCGGGUCCGGAUUGAAAAGCUGCAGGAGAUCCUGAGCCAGCCCCGGCAACCCCUGGCCACGGUCCCGCCCGGCCCCCCCGACGUCCUCUCCGAGCCCCAGCCCAGCCCGAACCUGCCCCAGCGGCCCCCGCCGCCCGUCCCCCGGCCCCCGGCCGCGCAGGCCCUGCCCUACAACCCCAACCCGGGUGCGGCCGGCAUCACCCGUCAGGUGAUGCCCCCUUACCCCCCCGCGGCUGCCCCCCCUCAGUUCUACCCCCGGCCUGGUGAGGCUCAGUGCCCUCCCUACCCCGUGCAGGGGCCGUUUCCAGCAGGGCAGCCCCCUUACCCCCUCUACCCCAUGCCCCCUUACGGCUACGGCCCUUCGGGACCUCCCCCUGUGCCGCCCAGGCCUGGGUACAGACCCCCACAACCUACUUACCGUAUGCCCCAGCCUUACUGAACAGUCGGAGGACUGUGGCAGUGUGAUCCACCAAACUGCUGUUGCUGGUGGAUACCUGACUGUAUGCGUGUGUAAAUAUUAUACAGACUGUAAUAUUUAUUUUGACUUUGUAGUAUCUCUGAGUUACGUAAUGCAAUUUGUACGGUUGGACACUUUACGCAAGCACAGGGCCGUGUCCCUCUGCCAGUGCGAUGUAUCGAUUGGUCUUCGCCCCGCGACCACUGGAGACCAAUCCCUUCACCGCUUUUGUCUGCUGCACCACUGCAGGGAUCCGUGCGGCUGGGCUCGAGGUCCAAAGGUCUCGAUUUUGAUCCAACAGGGUUUGAGCAAGGAUUUCUGUACUUCGGGAGCGCCGCGCCGUCGGAGGGUCAGCGCAGAAGGAGCGCCGUGCACGUCACACAAACCAUCUUCCAGACCUACAAGCAGAGUCUCCUCCUGUGGAUGGAUGUGAAUAUUGUCAGGAAACACUACUGGAAGGAAAGCAGGAUGUUCUCCCCCGAGCCUCUUGUCUGUCCCUUUGCCAACUUGUAUUGAAGAGAAAGGAAGUGAGAUGAUUAGCGAUUAAUUACUUUGCUGUUUGUGGGAGCUUGCUGUGCUGAAAUUGGGCACCACCUUGUUCACAUGACACUUGAGUGCCGUUUUUGGAAAAAAAGUACUUCAUUGGUUUUAAAGCUCUGUGAAGUAUCCUUGGAUUGAUACUGACUGCAUUGAUGCAAGUCCCUCUCCUUAGCUCUCAGGGCCGAGCAUGCUUUGAAAGCAGAGAGAUUCAGGGUGCAGACUGAGGAGAGGCGUAGGUGGCAUACACACGGGAUGGAAGGUAGGGCCUGAGAGACAUGAUCAGUUUCACGUGUGGAACAGCUUUCUGGAAUGCAGCCACAGUUUCUACUGGAUCGUCCUACCCUCCCCUCCCAUAGCUGUCUGUUCCAUCGGAGGAGUCCAUUCAGCCCCUCAGGCUUGCUAACUAGGGACCAGGAGGAGAUUGUUCUUGCAAUCUCUCUCUCUUUCUUACCUCUGACUCACUGCACAGCGAACAGGAGCAGGCCUGCAGUAUCGAGGACUGUUGGAGUUGCUACCUUUCGGCCAACACGUUCAGCUAAGACUCUCGCUGCCCUUUGUGGUUUCUGGUCUGUGCAAGGGGUUGCCUUCUCCCAACUGGUCUUUGUUGGCCGUCUUCCUCCUCUUUUAUCUUCACUGCCUGAACUCUGCGGUGGCUGGAGCCUUGGUGUUCAGUGAACCUCCUAUGCUGGCCAGUCCACUCGGUUCAAAGCCCUAUUCUGCCCUGCACGAGGCAGGUCACACGUUCAGACUCUGUCCCCUGCCCGUUUUUGUACCUGGGAGUGAUCUCAGUGGGUGUUUCUCCCCGCAGUUGCACAGCUGCCUGGAUUCGCUAGAGACCCCAGGCUGAGCUGCUGGGGAUAAGGGCGUGCCAGAGCCCGAAAUGGGACGUGCCUAGGCCUCACGGCCCCUGGAUGUGGUGGGAAGGAGUGAAAUACAGCAGGAGGUGAUGCAGCCAGCAGAAUGGAUUGAUCUACCAUGAGGCUGAUACUGAGCUUGCCUUUCCUCGCUUUAUAAACACAACAUUGCGUGUGGGGUGUUGUGAGAGAUGAAUGUACUCACUAUUUACACAGAUAAUCGUUCAUUGACUUUGUCUUGCAGAAUUUCCUGCCGUUCUCUUGCAAAGCCUGUGAUCAGCAAAUUGAUAUGAACAAUUGCAGGAGUGUACUUAAAAUAUAAUGUAAAAAAAAACAUCGCUGCCACAGUUUCUGAAUUAAAGUUUUUGCUUGGCUCACUG